GUUUGAGGUGGCCAACCUUGAUCACCAGGAGCAGGCCCCAGAGUCAGUGACCCGACUGGGGAAGUGGCCUGUCAAGUGUUGGGUGGCCACUGACAAUGACCCUACCUAUGACUGGUAGGAUUUCCCCUGUUUCCUCUGAACUGAUGAAACGUGACAUGAUGACAGGUAACCAUCUUAGAUGGCUUACCCACUCAGCUUGCCCAUGCCUUACACCUCCCAGACUAUGACAAGGACGGACAGACAGUCCCAAACCUGACCAUACGCCUCUCCCUGAGAGGGUGGCCAUGGGAAACAUGGUUUACCAUGUUAGGUUCCACACCCUCCAGUCAUGCACUGCACCCGCUGCCUCCUGUUCGGUCACGGCAACAUUUCCUGCAAUGGGUGUGCCCACUGCAGGAAAUGCAGUGGCUACCAUGACACUGACAGGUGUGUGAGGGAGAAUCAUUGUUUGUUUUGUGGUCCUGGCCACUGUCCCACAUCUAAACAGUGCCCAGCUCGCCUCCAGGAAGUGUAGCUGCAGGAACUGCAACAUGACAAGGCCUACUCCCUCAUGGACAUCAAAAGAAAAAUGAGAGGCAUCCUCCCGGGUAUUUUCUCACCCUCCAAGACAGGACACCCUCAUCCUCCUCCCCUACACCUCACUCACCCUUGCACACCAAGAACCUCACCUCAGGCCCCACCCUUGCUCCUCGCCCUACAACCUUCCAGGCUUCUCUCACAGCUCCCAUCCUUGAUCCUAUCCCUGCCCCUACCAAACCCCUGAGCCCCAUUAUUAGUGUGGUACCACUCACUGCUCAGUCACCCUCACCCAAAGCCCAACGGACUUGCCACCACCACAAACCACACCACACGGUCACACCACAUCGCACCACCAGACCCUCCGUCAUCCCCAAGGGCGCCUACAGGACAGACAUAACAGAUGCUGGAGAAUUCGUACCACAGCCAGCAGCCCAGCAGCCCUUGCCCUCACUUGGGUGGUGCUGACUAUGUUGCAUACCAGCUUGACAUCAGUCAGGUCCCAUUGGUUUCCUAACAUCCAGGGAAUGGGAGUGUGAAAGAUCCCAUGAAGCAGCAGUGGUCCUCUCACACAACAUUGGUUUGGUGACAUCAUAAACUUACCUCUCAGAUAAGCAAUGGAUAAUACGUGUAUUUCUAUUUGAACAUGGAUACAAAUUAAAUUAAUAAUUAAUGUAGAGUAAAUUAGUUGGCAUUGCUCUCUUGUCCUAAGAUGGUUUCUUCCACAACAGUGUGCCUUGGAGUGGUCCUGGUUUAGUGUUGCAUCAGUUGGCCCCAGAAGCUCUCCACCCAGCUGACUAGACUAAUAAGGUGACAGCUCCCCCCCUAGAAUAAGGCCCACACACCUUUACUGAUUGGCAGGUAGAGUACAGAGAGAGAGAGAGAGAGAGAGAGAGAGAGAGAGAGAGAGAGAGAGAGAGAGAGAGAGAGAGAGAGAGAGAGAGAGAGAGAGAGAGAGAGAGAGAGAGAGAGAGAGAGAGAGAGAUGACUGUACCCUGUCUCGCAGCUUCACGAGGGACGAGGCAGAGGACGUGAUUAAUGCCACCAACAGACAACUUAGUGACAUCCUGGCCUGGGGACGUCAGUGGCAAGUCAAGUUUGCUGCCGAGAAGACCCAAGCCAUGGUGAUAUUACGUUCAAGGGAGGAUGCCAGGCGACUGGAGGGGAAGCUGAAGUUUGGUGACGACACCCUCGCCUUACAGGACUCCGUCAGCAUCCUGGGGAUGGAGGUUGACUCCCAACUCAGCUUCGCACGCCAUCUGGAGGGUGUGGCACGCAAGGCCUCCUUGAGGGUGACAUUGCUGCGGCGAGUCCAGCACUUCCUCAACGCUGACGGCCUCCUGAAACUCUACAAGGCCCAGGUGAGGCCCAUCAUGGAGUACUGUCUCCUCACAUGGAUGAGCAGUGCCCAGUCCCACCUCUCCCUGCUGGACAAAGUACAAAGGCGGGCAGAACGCUUAAUACAAGGUGCCAGCAGCAACAACAACAACAUCAACAGGGGCGCCACCACCAUCAUCAUCAGCAGCAGCAGCAGCGAUGCUCCACAAGGCUGCUAGACAGUCUCGAGCACCGCAGGAGAGUUGAUGCCCUGACAGUGCUACACACACCACACCUCGCAGCACUUCAGGUCCCAUGGCGGAGGUCUCAGCACACUACGAGAGCGGUAGUGACUAAUGACCUCCUCCUGGAAGUCCUGAGGACCAGCACUGUGAGGUGCCAGUGCUCCUUCACUUAUGCCACAGCAACACUGUGGUCACCUCUGUGGUGGAUCCCAGGACCAUGUCCACCCAACAGGUGAAAAUGGCAGCCCACAGAUGGUGCUGCACCCACCCACCCUAGUGCCGUGACACUAAAGUGACAGUGACAGUGCUAUGUGUUUUUCACAAUUACCAUUUUCUGUAUAUAUUAUCAUUACUCCAAUUAUAAGGUUUAAGCUUUAAAAUAGGAGAGAGAGAGAGAGGGAGGGAGAGAGAGAGAGAGAGAGAGAGAGAGAGAGAGAGAGAGAGAGAGAGAGAGAGAGAGAGAGAGAGA